AUGACACAACGGCCAAUCCUCAAGGAUGUGGCCAGCAGCCUCGUUGAGCUCAAGCUGGACAACAUGCGGGCAAGAUUCCGCCGUGGCGAUCUCACGAGCCUUCAGUUUCCGUUACCUUCGGGUGAGUUGCGCGUCGAUGACGAAUUCGGUGGUCACAUCGUCCUCUCCAGUGACACGUCAAGCCCGCUUUCCGAGGGAAAGCAGUACCUACAUGACAGCCUGCAAGCGCGAUCCGACGCUCUUCGGGACACAGUUCGUAUAAGGUCGAUCGAGUUCAUGCUGUCUCUACAUAAUUUCCUGGAUCAAGAGCUCCUCAAGCUUGGAGCAGGAUACCCACCGAGACCCCGAUCUCUCCACGACCCUAGUUGGCUAGAUGACAAGGUUCAGGCGGUUGCCCUAGCCAGACUAGAAACUCUCCACGCGUAUCCCCUCCUUGAUCAUGACAGCUUCAAGAUCGCGAUCGUUCAUCUCGGUGGAGAUGGCGCGACGGCUUUGGAAAUGCUGGUAUGGCCAAAUUGGGCCACUUUCGAGCCUUUCAUCGAGAACAUUGAACGCAUCCAUUCUCGGUCGACCCGUUCCAUCCACUGCUGGUCAACUACUCAACGAUUCUAUCUUCAUAUUGCUACCUUCGCCGCCAAAAACAGUCCCCAUCCCCCGAACAGGGGAAGUGCGAUGACUUACAAGGCAUGGCUUGAGGAACUUGACAAGAAGAAAGGCAAAUGGAUGUUUCGCACCUUCUACAACGCCGAGUCAAUAUUCCGCCCUGAGCUUUAG